CUCAGACAUGAGCAUGCUUUGUAAUUAUAUUGUAGUGAAGAUCUUUGCAGAGAAAAGAUGCUUGAGUAAAGGGCCUAUCAGUAAAUACCAUAUCAAACUGCAUGCAUUGUCUCACAAGGGAUCUCGACGACAUUGGACGGCUCCUCACCCCACCAUCAAGCCCCGAAUUUGGUGAUAGGCACAUCUAGCCCACUUGAGUGGCUCCCGCAUGGACGCGGCCCAAAUCAAGAGGCCCAUGGUUAUAUAAGUACCUACCUACCCAAUGCGCUGCAAAAAAAACCUGUUCUUGCUGAUCACCCACCGAAUUUCUGCAGUAUGACUCUUUUCAUCAAUGGCAAGAUCCUCUCGAGGACUGUCGCCAGUUUGGCCGACGAACCUACCUUUGCUGAGAGCAUGUACAUAAAAGACGGAAUCAUUCAGGCCGUCGGUACAAAGGACGAUGUGGAGGCGAAAGUCACAGGCGAUGUUAUCACGCAAGAUCUCGGUGGAAAGACGGUUCUGCCGGGUUUUGUAGACGGGCAUAUGCAUCUUUUACUUCUGGGCCAGUCGCUGAGAAAGAUUGCGCUGGAGGGUUGUAAGAAUCUGGAGGAUAUUCUUCACGAGCUGCGCACGUACGCAAAAGCGAAUCCGGAUGUUCCGCGGAUCAUGGCGAAGGGAUGGAUGCAUUCUAUGACUCCCGACGGUGUGACGGCCAAGAUUCUUGAUGAGAUUGACGAGAGGCCAAUUUAUGUUGAUACAAAGGACAUGCACUCGACGUGGUGCAAUUCAGCGGGCCUGAAGGAGAUGAAGGUCGCUGAUCUGGAGGAUCCGCCGGGUGGCAUCAUCGAGAGGGAUGAGAACGGUAAACCAUCUGGUGUUCUCAGCGAAGCGUCCAUCUUGUCGAUUGUCUGGCCUACGCUUGCGCAGCUUGCGUCGAAUGAGGAGCGGAUCGAGUGUAUGCUCGCUGCGUUUAAAGCGUACCAUGCGUCAGGAUACACGGGGAUUAUCGAGAUGGCGAUGGAUGAGUACAGCUGGGAGAGUCUUGUUGAGCUGAAGAGGAGAUAUCCCGAUGUGGCGAUGCGUGUUACGGCGUAUUGGAUCGUUAAGCCUGCUGGUACGGUUGAAGAGCGCACGCGGCAGGUUGACAGGGCGAUCGAACUUGCGAAGCAGUAUAGUCUGGAGAACUCGCCUGAUCUUCGUAUCGCGGGUAUCAAGAUCAUCUGCGACGGUAUCAUCGAUGCGUGUACGGCGUAUCUCUCAGAGCCAUACGCUUCAGUUGCGUCACCGCCGCCGUUUUGGUCAAGAGAGGAUCUUGAACCUGUUGUUAAACAGGCAGCUGAUGCGGGAAUCCAAAUAGCGCUUCAUGCUAUUGGCGAUGCGGCGAUUCAUAUGGCGGUUGACAUGCUUGAGAAGUACGGCAAGCCAGGUGCGAGACAUCGAAUCGAACAUCUCGAGGUCUCAUCUCCCGAAGACGCACAACGUCUCGGCAAACUAGGCCUCACAGCUUCCAUCCAGCCCGUCCACGCCGACCCAGCCAUUCUGCGCGCAUGGCCGCGUCUCAUCGGCUCCCGCCGCGACCGCGCCUUCGCAUACCGUGAAUUCGCUGACUCAGGCGCUCUUCUCGCUCUCGGCAGCGACAGUCCCACGGCACCUUGGAAUCCCCUACACAAUGUGUAUGUAGCUGCUACACGACGCUCAGCGAGAGAGCCAGAGUGUGAGGAGGUAGUGAAUGAGCAUUUUAAGCUGGGUGUUUGUGAGGCGAUUGUUGCGGGCUCGCAGGGCGCGGCGAAGAGUGUUUUUCAGGAUGGGAGGGUUGGGUCGUUGGAGGUGGGUAAGUUUGCGGACUUGGUUGUGGCGGAUAUGGAGUGGGAUAGCAGGACGUUGUUGAAGGCGGAGAUUAGGGAGACGUGGUUUGCUGGGAAGAGGGUUUGGAGCCUCUGAGGUUGAUUGAUGGAUUGUGAGCGUGGUGUUGGUGGGUGUAGGGGUUGAGGUUUGGGACGGGAGUACAAAAUGAGAUAGACAAUGUAAAUGGUGAUCUUAAGACUGUUCGGCGAAUUGAGUACGGUGAGAGCUGAUACUGCAGUUGCUCAUCCUUGCCAUGUUA